GUGAACGGUGGCGGGUGGUUGUCACAGAGGGUCUAGGGCUCGCGCGAUAUAUGUCACUGGCAUUAAGCUUAAACCCUCACGCACCCACACUCACACACGCACACGUAUUUAGCGGGCUGAGCUAAGGUCUUGUGUUGAGCCUUAUUCGUCACACAUGCGGAUUUGUGGAUGUACUUUUUGUUGUUAUUCCUAGUGGGCUUCUGCACAAAUAAAGGAAUAAUCUCAGUGGACCUUGGGCGACAUGACCAAGCGAUUCUAAGUGUGUAUGCCUGUGUCUUCACGUGGAUUUACAGCUAUAGUAACCAGCUGGCGUGUUUCUUACGGAGUAACAUUCGUGCUAAAGUUGAUUUAAUUUUGGAGCAGGGUUUACUGAAAGUGUAAGGGUCAUGCUGUUUACCGCGUUUCCGUUUUAAUACAGUUUAAAAGUUAAGCUUUAGAUUAUAUCUUAUUGGUUGAAGGCAUGUGAUAGUACACACUGAUUGGAUGAUUCGACGUGACAUCGCUCUGUGAUUGGUGGAUACAUCGUGACAGCGAUUAACGCUUAGCUUGCCCAUGGGAUAAUUCGUCGAUUGCUUUCAUGUCAUGAAUCUUGGACAAAUCUUCAAAUUUUCGAUGAACCAGAUCUUAGCUCCGCCCACGUUUCUUUUUCUCGGAGCGUACUUGUCAACGAUUGUGGCUUCAUUAGGAUUAAAAAACGAUAGUGGAGGUUUCACAGUGAGUCGAUUUCCUGUCCUGAACCUGCUGGCUCUUCAGUGCAACGGCUCGCAUCUGCCCAGUGACGUCAGAAGUGUCCAGCACAUCAGCCUGGAGCGGCACUCGUUGACCAACGAGAGACCACCUUACAUUAUUGCCUCACUGUCAUCUGUUGAUGGCGUUCGGUUGGAGAACAGCGUCAGCAACAUCAACGUCUACGUCAGCGGAAAGUUUGACAUGGACAACAUCCACGCCACGUCCCUCACUGUUCUGCUGGCAGACGUCAGCGUUGACCCGGAUGUGACGUACAAGUGUACCAUUAGCUACGUCAAAAGGGGCGGGAGCUUGGGGCUUUCGGAGAGACUUCUGAACGUCAGUCUAACAGAUCUUCAGAAAUACAAAGUCCAAACGACUGCUCCAAAACAAGAACAUCAUUUACAAAAGUUUUCCCAAUCUACACUAAACGAAAUAAAAGAAGGAUGGGGUACUUCUAUGUACCUGCUGCUAACUAUGGCGAUUUUACUGUUCGCUCUCCUCAUUAUUUGUAUUCUUCUCAUAGUUGACAGGUAUAGAGAUAAUUGUAAUAAUAAGAAACGAAAAAAGGCGACAGUCAAUGAGAUUGAGCCCAGACCGCUGCCAACGCCACCACUGUGGACAUAUCCUGACGGCAACAGAUCACAAUUACCCAGAAGUCCAUACAACAGUUUAAAAUUUGAAGGCGUCAAAAGAAUCGCUAAAGACGACACAGGAUACGACUCUGAUGGGGACAUGAACUACUGCAUGCCGAUGGACGACAUCGCCAGCCACUCUAAAAACGUACCCUUCAAAACGUUUGGAAAACAUUCCCCGAUAUACGCAUCCACGCCAACAAUUUUAACUUAACUUGUUUUUCCAAUUCUUUUAAUUAUUUUUGUAUUUGAAAUUGAAUUCUUUUUCUGUUUUGUUUUUUUUUCAUAUUAUUAUUUUUAAAUUGAAAUUGAAUUUCCUGUUCCGUCAAUAAUAGAGGAUAAAAGGUCCCCUAAGCUCUUUACCAUAACGAUACUAUAUUUGUACAUGUCUAUGGAUCUUAACUAAGAGCAUGGCGAUAAUCUUGACGGUUGGGUACACGAUAGCUUCGUUUUCUGUUUGGGGACAAUCUGGUGGGCGUGUAUUAAGCCUUAAUUAGGUCACCACUUUUUGGCUGCCGAAAUGUGUUCAAUUAUUUUUUUUACAAGUAAUUCGGAGUAGCCUGCCCUUGCCAUUCAGAAAAGAAUACCGCGCCCGUUGUGCUCACAUGCAUAUAGUGUCUACACUCUUUUGAAUAACAGAGAAUACGACGCAUUUUGGGGUAUAGGCUACCUUCAAAUGUUUAGAAGUUGUCAUUGGUCAGUAGGCCUAUAAGAAACAAACUUUAACACCGGAAACAAAAUGCCGAAAACUAGAACUGAAAUCUUUAUAAAACUAGGCCUAACAGAACUAACAUUUUAGGCAACAUAGUGACAUGGUUCACCCUAUCAUAUAUAUAUGUGUAUAUAUAUAUAUAUAUAUAGAAUAAAAUUAUGUUAUAACUGUAACUUAAAUAAAAGUCCAUUGAAACAAGCACAAAAUGUAUCACGGUACUAAUUAAGCAUAGGCCUAUGGCUAUUAUGACCGCGUCUUGUUUUAGGUUUAUUUUAAAAACAUACACAUUUAUUCAUAUCUUAAUGACUCUUUCAUACACCCCAUGUUAUAAUUUUCCAUCGAAAUAUCAUCAUCAGUAUCAGUCCCGUGACUCGCUGUGACGCCAUGUUACGCUUGGAAUAACCGAAUUUCCGCAUCCCUGUCAGCAGCUGUUCUUAAAAUACCAAGAGAGAGUCCGGUCCAUUCUUUUACGUUGUCCAGCCGGCUUUUCCUUGGACAAUCCUGUCUUCGUGGUCCAUUCGCUGUACUUUGAAGAAUGACUUUGAUGGACAGUGUGAGAACCAACUCAGUCCUUGUCUCAUCUCGGUAAUGAAUUUCCACCUUUUUUGCCAGCCAGCGUGUACAAACUCAUUUGUUUUCAUUUAAUAUACAAUGGAUCUCGAAAGGUUUAAACCUCUUUAAGUGGCUACCUUGUGAUCCCUCUAAAUAGGUUUGGUAUUACAACGGAGCGAAUUCGAUUGUUUUAACAAGCAAAAUAUAAGAAAUACUUAUUUUUGUAAAAAAAAAAAAGCUUAUCUAAUGGGAAGAAAUCCAUAUUUACAGCCAUAUUUCUCAAUAUUGUAGAUCUAUUUCCCUUUUCGAUAUCAAACAACUUACUUAAUUACCAAUAUUUAAUUAGUUAAUUGGUUAAUUUUUUAAAAUUUAUUCAUUCUUUGUUAGGAAAAAAAUGAAUAUUGUGAGAAAAGUUUUAACUUGAUCGGAGAAUGGGAAGUGGGAAAACUAACGUGUUCAAAACUUACGCCAGACAGACAGACAAAUAGAGGGAGUUUAAAUAAAUUUUGUAAACAAAAAAACUACUGGUUGCUUCACGUGUCACUAAAUAUUUCAUAAUAUACAUGCAGAAUAGAGAUAGAAACAUUUAGUGUAGAAAGUUGGGUUUUAUUUCCAUGUUUGAAAGAGUGAAGCUAGUUAAAGUUAAUGUUUUUUUGUAAUGAAAUUUUGUGCAGUUUAAGAUUGGUACAAGAAUGUUGUCAAGAAAUGUCCCUAUGAUAUUGGAAUGUCCACAAAUCAUAGUGCAUCUAUGAGCAGCAGGGCGUGCUAAGGAGUGAUGUGAGAAGAAAUCCCAUUAUGUUUCUCGUACAUCUAUUUCUGAGAUGUCAAACACACAAUAUGAAUACAUAUGUUCCUUUGCCUUUAAAAACAAUAAAGAAACAUGAUUUAAAAAAAAAAUCUU